AAACGUGUAGCACUGUUGCCAUGAUAGCCUUCAGACACAGGUGAGCAGCAGAACUCGGUGUGUAGAGCCGAGGUUUGGUGCUGAGACAGGGAUCUGGUGUUGAUGAUGUUGGAGAGGAGCAGGGUGACCAUGGUCGCAGAUAUCUUCUUCAGCCGGAAACACCCAGCAGCCAAACAGGAGGAGAUCAUUCACUGUGCCUGCACCAGAGCCUACGUACAGUGAGUAGCUCUCUUGUUCACCUAACUUGACUGGUCCUGUUUAACUGAUACCUCAGUGAAAAGUGCUUGGUAGGAUAAACUGUUCCCUGUCUGCCUAACACAUCCCAACCACUGAGAGGAGACAUUACGAAGAGAUGGACCAUAUCCAGUCAACCUGUCAGUUGUCAUCAUGGGAAGGCUGAUUUGUAAUAUCUACAGGGCAGUUUUUUUCAAAGAGGUGCAUUAUCACGCCUCAAGUUAGUCAUUUCUCUUGUGCCCCAUUAUAGCAAGUUGCAAAGGAUGUUCAAGGAUCCCUAAAUAAUCCCUUUAUGGAGUCUCACCCAUAGACUGUAUAUACUGUUCUAUAUACAAAGUCUGGCAUCUGAGGUGGCUCUUUUAGGCUGAGUUCUGUUUCUCUGUGUUCUUUUCAUCCAUCAAGGGAUCGAGAGCUGUAUCGCUCUGAUAACAGGUUACUCCACUCUGAUCCAGCUGAUGCUGCAGUUGGAGGUAAGUCAUUCAUCUCACAUUGAGUGUGCUCAGGCUGUCCGAGGGGCUUUGGUGGGAAAAUCAGAGGAAUUCAUCGCCUGUUUUGCUUCUAGAAGACUAAAAGGUUUGCAGGGUAGCAACCUGUAAUGCGGUUUGCUGGCUCAACAGCUUAUUAAAUUUGAGGUUGUGUGUCUGCUUUUUUUUUAAAUAGGGACACCUUUGGGAGCUGACAAUGUUUUAAUCAGUUACUGUGUUAAGACCUGUCAUGGGAACAAUAAUUCAAACUGUUUUAUGCUCUAAAGUCAACAAUGCCAGAAGCAUUAAAAUGCAUUAGGGCUCUUUCUGUACAAAAAGGACAAGGCUGUAAACGUAAUACGAGAUAGAUGAUCUUAGGCCCUCAGAUGGCUGCAGGAAAUCACUGCAUGGGCUCCAAAUAAUGUUCAAUAAAAGUUGUCAAUGAGCAGUUUAUCAGUGCAACCACAAAAGCAGGUUAAAACUGUACAAUACACGGAGGAAAACCUACAAAAACAUGAUCCAGAAACACUGCUCUGGGCCCAGGUCCACUUAAGAUGGACUGAGGUUGAGUGGAAAGAUUGUCUUGAGGACUGAGAAGUCAAACUUUGACAUUAUUUUUGGAAAUCAUGGACACCUCAUCUUCUGCUCUAAUGUGAAGAGGGACCACUGGUUUGUUAUCAGACCACAGUUUAAAGUCUGAUGGUAUGGGGAUGCAGAAGCUCAGGACAUCAGUCAGCAAAGUAACCAUUUAGUCCAUUUUGUAGAUGUUCAGGAUCAGUGCACAGCAAAAGAAACACCGUUUAGCUGGACAGUAUUCUAUGUUUUUGUUGUUGUUUUCUGGGAAUGAACCUAAUCCACCAGAAAGAGAGCACCUGGCUACAGAAAAAAAAUCCUCUUAAUGAGAAAAAUCCUCAAAUUGGACCGAACCAAGUGAUGGACAGCCCCCCACUGGGCUGAGAAAGACAGAUUUAGAGAGAAGAUGGUUCUUGAUGCACCAGGAGACAGCAGAGGGAAUUUAAAAAGACACCGUGUUGUUGUUGUUUUUAGAAAUACCCUUUCCUCCUCUUACAGAAACUGAUGGUGAAGAGGAGGAAGAGGAGGAGGAGGAACAGGUGUUGGAUGAAGAGGCUCUGUUGAUGGCUAGCAUGGGUCUGCCUCUGGCCUUCAGCAGCUCUUCCCACCAGAGGAGAGAGGUAGGUUUAUUUCGACUAAGAUGUCAAAUCAAACUUAAAUGUUUGAGCGGAUCAUGUGAUUGAAUGUUUCUGGUCAUGUGACAGGGAAGAAGAUCUAAUAGAAAGCUUUCCACAUACUGGGAAGAACCAGCUGAUGAGGAGGCAGUGGAACAGGAUCUACAGGCUGACACAGGUUAGGGUGAACUCAUGUUAACUUUCUGCAGCGCUGUCUCAGGCUGAGCUGUUUAAAGUUUCUUAUCAAAGGAGAUGGCUGCUGUAAUGUUAUAUCUGCUAUAACUGAAGAAACCUCUGAUAAUACUCAUUUACUGUCUUAAAAUAUGAUAAUCUAAUAACCACAGCAUAAUAACUUCAUGCAUCGUCUAGACCAGUGGUUCUCAAGUCCAGUCCUUGAGGCCCACUGUCCUGCAUGUUUUGGAUGUUUCCCUGCUCCAACACACCUGAUUCAAAUGAUCAGCUCGUUAUCAAGCUCUGUAAUGGCUUAAUAACGAGCUGAUCAUUUGAAUCAGGUGUGUUGGAGCAGGGAAACAUCCAAAACAUGCAGAACAUGCUAAUAACUUUCAUGCAUCGUCUACAGAAGUUUUUGUUGGUAGAAGAACUGUUAGUUCUUAGGUAGUGUAAUCAUUGCAUGAGCCGUCGAUUUCAGGAGCAUUCUUUCUCUUAAUUGUAGGAAUUGAUUUAGAUUUAGGAAGGUUUGCUCUGGGCUGGCUUUAAGGUAAUCCUGCUGUUUGACUUAACACUGCUGAGUAUUAUCCUCCACCUACUCUGCUAUAGGCAGGUCUAACAUCACAGGCUUCUACAUUGAUUUUCUGUUUUUAUUGUACCCAGGUAAUGGCUCCUACUGAUAGAAUUUCAUGAAUUGUGAAGUUAUUUGGCCUGAUCUGCUUUGUGCUCUUUGACUCAGUGGAUAAGAGAGAGCUGGGUGAUCCACCGGAAGACGGAACCAGUGGAAUUCAAGAUGCUGGCUGGGAAGCUUACUGGGGUAAGGAGAAAAUGGAGUUUAUUAAGAUGUCAGGAUCAAAACUGGACUCCAGAGCACUACAGGCCCAUUUUAGUUUACACUUCUACAAACCUGCAGACGGUUUGAUGUUUUUUUUUACCCCAAGAGAUGACUCAGUCUGAGCUCAGAUCUUGGUAAAUGGUGAAAUGAUAAAUAGACCUUGUGGUAAAAGCGCUUUAUCUUGUCUUCUGACAACUCCAAGCUCUCACCCAUUCACACCUCUUGUUUUCAAAAACCAUUACAUAUUAAAAUGUCCUUUUAAGUUUUAGGCUUUAAAUUGUGGCUCAGAAAAUGUUGACAUCUCAAGCUCUAGUUCAGGUCCAGCAAGAACACCCAUCCAAUCUUGUCGUCAUCAGCACAUGGACUUCACCCAGUUGUUUGGGUAACUUGGUAUAAGAUAGCUUGAAAAAGGAGUCAUAAAAACCUUGUCAACUGUGAAAUAUAGCUUUAAAUCUGUGUUGAUUUUUGUGUAUCUCUUAAAGCUCAAUGGGGUGAAUCUCUUCUGUGGAACAACUGGCUCGAGAAAAAUCCUAAGAAUGAUCACCUGUCUCAAGAAGAUCCAGGAUCAGGGACUGCUCCUUGGGAUGACCCAGAUACAAAAGAGGCCUGGGAUAAGCAUGCAGCAGAGAUGUACUACUACUACUGGGAGCAGUACUCAUACUGGGCAGCACAGGGCUGGACAGCUGAGCAGACAGUCUGCUGGUGGAACCCUGGAGAAGAAGCAUCCCCUGGGCAGAUAGACAGCAGCACAGAGACAGGCACACAGGAAAGAAGAAAUGGACCAACUGAAGCUGAAGGCAAACAGGGACAAGAAGACAAAGACCUUGAGGAUAUAGACAUUUUGAAUUACAUGGUUAAAGAAAGCUGCUCUCUAAAAGCAGUCAGGAGUGCUGUGACAGAGCAGACAUACAGACAGCAUGAGGGCGUGGAUGACAUCAGGACAACCUGUGGCUCUGAUGACCCCUCUGAUGGUGGGAGUCAUCGUAAAAGACCUGCUUCCUCCUCACAGAGUAACACAGCUGAACAGAAAGGUAAGGACUUGAGUGUGCUUUGCAGCAACAUUGCACAGGAGCAGUACAAACUGAAGGUAGGGUGUAAGAUUAGGAGUCAGUCCUGCAGGUCCUCCAGCAGUCUAGACGUUUGGCAGCAUAACUGGGAGCUGGUUCACUUCAAACUCAGUAAAUGUGUCUGUAAGACAGUGUGAUGUAAGAAAAUGACAGCAAGAUAAAUAUUUUCACAACUUUUUCCACCUUUAAUGUGACCUAUAACCUGUACAGUACAAUUAAAAAAUAAACUGAAACCUUUAAGGGGAAAAAUAAAAAAUAGAAAAGUUAAAAUAACCUGGUUGCAUAAAUAUGCACACCCUUAAACUAAUACUUUGUUGCAGCACUUUUGACUUUUAUUCCAGCACUCAGUCUUUUUGGGUAGGAGUCUAUCAGCGUGACACAUCUUGAUGUGGAAACAUUUGCCCACUCUUCUUUGCAAAACUGCUCCAAAUCUGACAGAUUGUGAGGGCAUCUCCUGUGCACAGCCCUCUUCAGAUCACCCCACAAGUGUUCGAUGAGAUUCAGGUCUGGACUCUGGCUGGGCCAUUCCAAAGUCUCAAUCUUAUUCCGGUGAAGCCAUUCUUUUGUUGAUUUAGAUGUGUGCUUUGGGUCAUUGUCGUGCUGAAAGAUGAAGUUCCUCUUCAUCUUCAGCUUUCUAGCAGAAGGCUGAAGGUUUUGUGCCAACACUGACUGGUAUUUGGAACUGUUCAUAAUUCCCUCCACCCUGACUAAGGCACCAGUUCCAGCUGAAGAAAAACAGCCCCAAAGCAUGAUGCUGCCACCACCAUGCUUCACUGUGGGUAUGGUGUUCUUUUGGUGAUGAGCAGUGUUGAUUUUGCACCAAAUAUACCUUUUGCAAUGAUGCCCAAAAAGUUCAACUUUGGUUUCAUCAGACCAUAACACAUUUUCCCACAUGCGUUUGGGAGAUUUCUGAUGUCUUUUUGCAAAAGUAAGCCUUUGAUGUUUUUCUUUGUAAGAUAAGACUUCCGUCUUGCCACCCUACCCCAUAGCCCAGACAUAUGAAGACAGCAGGAGAUUGUUGUCUCAUGUUCUACACAGACAGUACUUGCCAGAAAUUCCUGCAGCUCCUUCAGUGUUGCUGUCGGCCUCUUGGUAGCCUCCCUGACCAGUUUUCUUCUUGUCUUAUCAUCAAUUUUGGACGGACGUCCUGUUCUUGUUAAUGUCACUGUUGUGCCAUAUUUUCUCCACUUGAUGAUGACGGUCUUUACUGUGUUCCAUGGUAUAUUUAAUUCCUUGGAAAUUCUUUUGUAGCCUCACCUGACUGAUAUCUUUGAAUAAUGAGAUCCCUCUGAUGCUUUGGAAGCUCUCUGCGGACCAUGGCCUGUGCUGGAAGAUGUGGCUACAAAAAUGUCAGGAAAAGCAACUAGAACAGCUGAACUUAAUUUGGGGUUAAUCAGAGGCACUUUAAUUGGUGACAGGUGUGUGCUGACUCCAAUUUAACCUGAGUUUGAAUGUUAUUGGUUAAAUCUUCCCAAAAGAUUUCAGUUUGUUUUUCAAUUGUGUUGUACAGGUUAUAGGUCACAUUAAAGGUGGAAAAAGUUGUGAAAUUAUUUAUCCUGGUUUAAUUUUUUUACAUGACUAAAACCUGGCAGUUGAACAGGGGUGUGUAGACUUUUUACAUCCACUGUUUGUUAUAUUUUGACUCAGAUUCCCAAAAGGUUUCCCAAAGCUCCAGUAGAGGGAAUGCCUCUGACAAUAAGUCCUCAUCAGAAGGAGGGGAUGAGGAUGAGGAUGAUGAUGAUGACAAACCCCCAGGACGAGGACAGGCCAAAGUCAAACGCAGGUGGGUAUGCCUAUGCUUGACAACACCUGAAAAUACUGAGUUGUUUUCAAUGUGGAAAGGUUACUUUCAUCACUAGUGUUUAUUCAAUAAGCAAAUUAAAUUGUACAGAAUCAUUGGUGUGACAGCCUUGCCUUCAGCGGGACAAAACAUAUAAAACCAUAACAUGGUAAUUUGGUUCAAAAUCUCUGCGACAUCUGAAAUAAGAAAUAGUUGUCUAAGUCUCUGCUUGAGCAAAUUUGUGUAAGUCUGAAAAAGGGAAUCAGAAUGAACACUUGAGUCAUUUAAGCAUGUUGUCUUUUUGGCUGCAGUCAUGAACUGGAUCUGGAGGAAAGCCCACAGCUGACAUCAGAGGAAGCUUGGAGUAAACUGGGACUUAAACACAACUCAAACCCUGUGUGAGUGUAAAUCACUGGUGCUGCUGUAGGUUACUGUAAACUGUGCAGUCCAGCCAGUCUGCAGCUCGGUUAUAUCCACACGUCUCGUGGAAGUGCACAGAUGUGUUGGAUUGGAUGUGAACAAGAGAACCAACCUGCCCUGUUUAUCUGUGAACUGGCUGAGCAAAGGGUUGCAAGUUUAAGAAAAAAACAUUUUUAUUGAGAUCUCAUCUCUUCUAAGUUUAGUGCACUUGUUUUUGUUUUCAGGGAGGGAAAUCACAACCAACUCCAAGAAAACAAUCUCAUGUUCCUGGCAGCAUUGUGGCAAAAUUUUGAGCAGAAGAGGACUAGGAUGGCUCUAAUUUGCACUCAAACCAUUGUAGUUGAGUCUUUUGGUGACUUUGUUAACAUGAAAGGAACAACAAAGACUUUAUUUUGAAAAGGACAAUAUUUCAUAAAGCUCCUUGCAAGGCUGAUAAAAAAAGUGUAAUUGAUAUUGUUGCUGUUACGCAGCAACUGCGAUGAAUAUCCAACCUUAGGGAUUGUGCAUAUGUUUUGCAAUAUAAGGAGCUGACCAGGAACAGGCAUUAGACUGUAGACCGGAUAUAGUUCAUGGACCUUGGCGGUAAAAUUUUCCUCAUAUUGAGUGAUAGUUCAUUAAUGUCAGAGUACAUCACAUUGACUGUUAAGUUUCCUCUGUGGCGUUACAGGGGUCAAAGUCUGCCUGACAGCACGAAAAGCAUGCUCUCUGUCUGAAUGAGGUCGAUUUUCUGUCCCAGGUUUGACAGUGUGCUGAGAUUUAAAGGCAAAGCUGAUCAGAAGGGUCAGAAGAAGUGGCUCAACAAGAGGGCCGUCUCCAGUAUCGGCAAACACACCAGAUUCAACGAGACGGAUGGAGGCAACAUGCAGCCAAAGAUCAGCUCCACCCUCUGCAAGGUAGGUACCACUGCUGAAGGCCCCUUACAGUGUAAACACUGCACUGAUGCAUCUCAUAUAUCUCUGUUGACAUUCAACCUUUGACAGUAGAUUACUAGCUCUGUGAAUCUGGUGUAAAAAGGAUUAACGUAGACCUACAAACACAGACAUUAGCCUUUAAAAGAUUCCUAAAUUGUUGCUCAAGUCAGACAUACACUGACCCGAUUUCUGAGUGCAUGACAGCUGUGAAAGUUUCAGCCUGAUCAUCUCUUGCUGUGUGGAAAUCAGGAAAUUCCUGAUGGAAACUGCAUGGGUACCAAGGCGGAGCUUGAAAGGCACCGCACUUGGUCAUGUGGACAACUGAAAUACACUGCGGCUGUGCACUUGUAAGCAAAAUAGUUUGGACUUUGAGUUUUGGGAUUACUAAAAACAGAGGAGGAAUAGAGAAGUGAGAUGCAGUAUGAGGAAAAUUAAACAAUCCGGUGAGCAGAUAAAGCAGAUUCUCUGCUGUAAGCGUACCUCCAGAGAUCUUUUGGACUUAGCUAAGGCUAUAAACCUUAAAGCAUGUAUAAAAGCCCAAAAGUCUGGGGGUGAAAAUGCUUCUCUGGUCCGAGUUUGAUCAGUCUGUCUCCCUGUCGGCAUGAAGAGCAGUAGCCUACAGUAUAUCUACAGUAUAUGUGUAUUUUUUAUAACUUCAUAAUAAAUUUUAAAAAUCGUCUGAUUAAUCGGCAAUCAAAUUUUUUUUCCCUCCUAAUAAUCGGCAUUGGCCCCAAAAAAUCCAUAUCAGUCGGGCCCUAAUUCAAACAAAGCAUAUAUUGAUGUUUUUUAUUGAAUAGGCUGCAGCAGUGCAAUGACUGAAAAAUCUGUGUUGAUUUGAAAGGUCAAAAACUUUCUUAAUGAGACCCAGAGAGAGGCAACGACGACCGCAGGAGUCAGCUCACAGAAACAGGAGGAGGACUCUACAUCUCUGCAAGAAGAGGAGGAAGAAGGAGAUAAGGAGAAAAGUGAAGGAAGAAAUAAGCAAGUGGACAAGAGGGAGUGCACCCAACCUAGAUCUUCCCUUCACUCUACGCCUUGGAUUGUGGAAAGUGAGACCAAGGAGGAAGAGAGGGAGAAAGAGCAGCCUGGGAGACAACUGCCCUGUCUAGAAACACCUGACUUUCUUCUACCUGACAUACAUGAGGGCAGCAGUGGUAAGCAGAGCAUCUGUCACAUAGUCCUAAUGACAUUCAGUCCUUUAAGUUUGUUUCAUUGUUGUUUAAGAAUGAGAUGAUGUAUGCGCCCGGAGCAGUGCCAUGCUGAGGACUGUGUUUUUUUUUGUGUGUGUGUGUGUGUGUGUGUGUGUAUAGAGUUAAGCUCAAAGGACAGAAGGAAGCCAAGAAAGAAGAAAAGUAAGCAGCAGGUGGUUCCAGCAGAGAUGGCAGCUGAACCAGGUCUGGCAAAAUACUGGGCUCAGCGUUACAGACUCUUCUCUCGCUUCGAUGAAGGGAUCAGGCUGGACCGAGGUCAGUCCACACUCCGUAUUCAUGCUUAAAAAUAAACUUAUAUUCAUUCAGAAACACUGAACAUUCAUUUGUUCCAAAUUAAACAAAUGUUCAAUAUACUGGCUGGUCCUAAGCCACAUGAAAGAAUUCGAAAUGUGAAAUAAUAAACAGGAGAACUCAGGCUCCAGGUCAUUGAAUGAGUGCAUCACAGAUAUCUCCAGUGUUUGAAGAUUUUGUGAGUCUGAGGCAGAUACACGAGGCACACAGGAGACCAAAAUGAAGGCAGGGUGUCCCUCAGUUUGUCUUACUGUACCAACAUUUUUCAUGCGAACUUUUAGAGGUAGUGUUUGAAGCUGGCAGGUAAUGUCGACUGAUUUCCAGCAGAGACCUCCUCUCAUGUGCAUUGUUGUUGUUAUCUUUUAUAGUUUGGUCAUGAUUUAUUUGCAUGCAAUGUAUACUUGGAAGUAUGGUUUUGUGCCAAGAGCACCCUGCCCACCUACACUCACACGUCAGGGUACGGAUAAAGUCUUGGUUUUGUUCUUGACAUAGCUGAGCUUUAGACAGAGGGUAAUACAUUUAAAAACAAACUUUAAAACUCUUUAAAUGUGCUGAAAUCUUGGACUCAUUUGAACAGAAGAGAGACAGACAUGAGUCAGGGUAACAGACUGAAUCUAUCGUCAUUCAGUCUGCAGUGCUGGCAGUGUUUUAGGAGAUCCAUACUGAGAGGGUUAGUGAAAUAUUUUGAAUACAUUUGCACUUAAUUGGGACUCAGGGACAUUCGUUGAUGCUUCUCUGUGGAUUUGAAAGAACCUCACAGCUUCACUCCAGAAAUAACAGAGAUUUCUUUCAGCGAGCUGACGUUGCAGGAUGGUCUCCCCAGCAUCACUAAUGUUGUUUUGUUUGCUUCAGAGGGCUGGUUUUCCGUGACCCCGGAGAAGAUCGCUGAGCACAUCGCCCUCAGGGUGCAGCACAGCUUUCCUGACUCUCAGCUGGUCAUAGACGCCUUCUGUGGGGUGGGUGGCAACGCCAUCCAGUUUGCGCUCACUGGAAAGAGAGGUAAUUCUGGUUUUUGGAUCCUUUCAUGUGUCCAUAAGUCUGAUCAAUUCAUGGUGACUUUGUUGAGACCUGUUGUCUUGUUUGAGGAGAUUUUUAAAAACUGUUUUUAGAUCAGUUAAUAGAAACCACUCCACCCUGCUUAAGCAAACUAUGACUGUUAUGGUGUAUACUUAGUUACAAAAUAUAUUUUAUCAUGUAAGGUCACCACAGAGACAGACAGUGUCUAAAUGCCUUGCCUUGGGUUGCAGUUUCAUGCUUUUAUUUCCACAUGGACAGCUGUAAUGCUCAUUACGUUGUUGUUAAUCAGGUUUCCCUCACAUGCUUACAGUUAGUCCAAAAUGCUGCUGCUUGUCCUUUACAGGUAAACGAAAACAUGAUCAUAACACUCCGAUUCUGGCAUCCCUCCAUUGGCUUCCCGUUUAUCUCAGAAUUCAUUUAUGGAUUUUGUUGUUUGUUUUUAAAUCGUUAAAUGGAUCAGCACCACAGUACAUCUCUGACCUCUUAAAUGUUUAUAUCCCCGACAUUCCUUGACGUCUGCUGGUCAGCUUGAACUCAAUGGGCUCUAUUUUUGUGCCUCGCCGGCGGUGUGGCGUAGGCAUGGCAUAAGUCAGGUCCGCUGCACCGACAAGGUGUGCCCAAGCACAUUUUGGUAUAUUGGUGAGCGGCGCAGCCUGACUUAAGUAUCCCCCCUCUCUAACUCAGCUCCUCAGCGGCGUAAGUCGUACAGAGGGAGGGGAUAAGGCGUGGGGUGGGUUUAACACAGCUGAGACCUGUUUUCGCCAAUCACAUCAGCUCCUCUCCUUGCCUUUAAAUCCGCCACUGAUGAGGCGUAUUAGAAUUUUCGUGAAGUAGUCAAAGAGAUCAAGAGAUGUCUGAAGACAACAAUGCCACACGAUGGCGACAGAAGGCAGCCCCUCAACAAGUGACAUACAUGAUUCAGGAUGAAAACAACGUCUUUUCAAUCAGAAGAGAUAAUAGUGAUAAGUAAUGAUAUAAUGAUUUUUAAGGUUUUUGCUACAAAUCGUGACGUGUCUUCAACACACCAUGGCUUCCCACACUUGAAAGGAAGAACUCAACCAGACCUCAGGAUUUCACUCAUUCCCUCAUUCCCCAGCACGGCCACUGUUGCAUGUAGCAGGCACACAUCCGCACCGUCAGACAGGGCGUCUCAACACAAACUAUUUACUAUGCAGCAGGAUUUGAAAGCGUUACAUUCCUGUUUAUAUGUGUUUUCAGUUUUGGUAAAAUAUAGUUUACUCACUGUCUCUUUCUCCCGUCUUCCUCCAUUUCCCCCUCAGUUCUGGCUGUUGAUAUUGAUCCGGUGAGACUAGAUUUGGCACGGCACAACGCAGAAGUUUAUAAUGUCGCCCACCAAAUCGACUUCCUGCAAGGGGACUUCCUUCAACUGGCACCCCGUCUCCGUGGGGAUGUGGUCUUCCUCUCACCACCAUGGGGUGGACCGGACUACCUGACGGCUGAGGUCUUUGACAUCAAGACCAUGAUGGAGCCUGAUGGAUAUCCUUUCUUGUAGAAGCAUUAGGAGGUGUUAGUUCUGUAUAAGGAGAGCCAAACGGGGCUAAGUCUGUUAGCCAGUCACUCUUUAUUAGAUUUGCACCAGUUUACAACAAAUUUAAUCUCCAGACUUUAAGAAAAAGAGCAGGUGUAGACCAUACUUGAUCAGAAUAUUUAGAGUCCCCUUUCAAGGUCAGAUGCAAUCCCAUCAGAUUUGAGAGCUGAUAUUCUUCAUUUUAAGCCACUUUGAGGAGAGCACUCUGUAGCAUUUAGCAAGUUACAGUGGCAAAGAAACACAGGUAGAAACCUCAAGCAGAACCAGACUCAUGUUAGUCAUCUGCUGAGACUGAGCUGGGUCUAGAGAAGGGGGAGAGGGGGAUAAAGGAAGAGAGGGAGACUGAUACAGGAAGAUGGAGAAAGAGAAUAUCUGUGCACCCUGAAAGCUUCUGUUGAUAUUAAACAAGUCUGUUUGUCUUUUGCUCCCAGUAUUUUAACAGGAAUUUAUUUUCAGGUUUUACUGGUUACUUCCUUAACAACAGACACGUUUGAGAUUUUCCGCCUGGCCAAACUGAUAUCAGACAGCAUUGUGUACUUCCUGCCCCGUAACGCUGACAUGGACCAGGUCUGUGUUUCCCUUGUCCUUUUGGGAGUCUGGGUGUGUGGUGAACAGGCUGAAACUGAGUACAGAAACCAUUAGGAUCAUUUAUACUGCAUAUCUGCCUGCAUGUUGAGGGAAUGUCACACAGUAACACACAGUCGUUUAUUGUUUAUUUGGGUCCCCAUUAGGUUUUGUCAAGACAAAGCCAGUCUUCCUGGGGUCCGACACAAAAAACAAAAACAUUACAUAAACAUUCAUUCAAUGAUUAUACAAUCACUCAUCUUUAAAAUAAUUAAAUUGAGUUCCAUCCUGUAAUGGCUCAAUAGAUAAAAGUAGAUUUAAGUAGCUCUGUUCUUGGUUUAGGUGGUUUAAUGUAUCCAGAGCUGGCUUGUCUAGUCAUGUGGUUACGUAUAUUUAAUGUAUACUCAACUUGGUCAUAGAAAUGCUGUGGUGUCUUGUCUGUUAAAACAUUAUGGAAAAAAAGUGAGAGUAAGAGAAUGUUAUCUAUUCUCAGCAGGAAGCCAUGCGAGCUUUCUGUGCAUUUCUGUAACGUGUGCGCUUAGAGCACUGGAGGACUCAUCUCGCAGCAAUAUUUUGAGCUUUUUUCAGGUUUUUCUUUGAAGCAGAUGACUAAAUGGCAGGGCAGUACUCAAGGUGUGACAGGACUAAAGCCUGUGUCACUUCUGCUAGAGUAUUUUGCUUUAUGUACUUUGAAAAUUUUCUAGUUAUAACAAUGCUCCUUCCCAUUUUUUUGUCACCAUAUUAUCUAUGUGUUUAGUCCAAUUUAGUUUAGCGUCUAAUGCGAUGCCAAGCAACUUACCCUCUCUUAUCUGUUCCACUUGCUUUACGGCAAGUGCCAGGCUCAGUUGAGAUUCACAGACUAGUAUAUGUCUGGAUUGUAAAACCAUUCUUUUUGUUUUGGCUACGAUCAGCAGUAGUUAGUUCUUAGCAACCCAAUCAGCUACUGCUUUAAGUUCAAUAUUUAAUGUAUUGUUUAGCUCUUUAAGAGUGGAUACAGCACUGAACAUAGUGGAAUCAUCUGCAUAGAUGGCAACUCCACCACCAUACUUCUGAACAAGUUGUAGUCAUUUAUAGCAAACUGUAAAUUAUGAGUGCAAGUGUGACUCUGAUCUGGCAAGUACAUGAAUGUUAUUGGAUUCAACUAGACUACACAGUUCAUAAACCUUGUUCCUUAGACUGCACACAAUUAAAUAAGCUAGCAUCAAUCCGCUCCCAGGCAAAUUAAUAGCAUGUGACAAUGGCGUCAUGAGUACACAGUUAAAAACAUAACAUCAGCAUACUUUUUAAGGAGUUCACCUUUAAAAGGUUCACAUGACUCUAGGUGACUUUGGGGUGCAACUAUGCUUCAGAAAGGCAAUUUCACCUCUUUCCCAUGCCUCCCUUAACUUGGGGAGUUGCUCUUUUCCUUUCAUUCUGACUGAAUCAGUAUAAUCUUCAUUGAUGUAAAUGUCAGUCCCUCUCAAUUGAAUCUUAGAAACUUCAAUCCACUUUUAAACUUGGGUGUGUGUUUGAAGCAUUAUAAAAUCAAUUCAAUUUAUUGGUACAUUUGGUACAUGGUACAUUAUUACCUUCACCUCACAUGGUAUCAUAACAUCCAGCCUUCAGGUGUGGUCUGGGGUGUGUCCAGAGAGAUGGCAUGGGCCCUCUCCACAGCCUGAUUGGCCUCUAUAAAAACGUAGACUACCAUUGGGUGUUUGGUUGUACUUUGAAUUAUGAUCUUGGACAAACAUGGUCUUUUUGAGUCCUCAGACUAAACUGUAAGAUUUUGUAAGAUUUUGUUGUCACUGUGUUACUUUAUGAAGCUAAAAACUAAAACAGGAAAUUCUGACCUGCUUGACACUUGAGUGUUCGUGGUGAAGUAAAAUAAUUAAUGGAAACCGAAAGUGUAAAUGAAUAAUAUUCAUUAGUGUGAAAACACGCACAUUCCCAGUUGGACCAGCCCAUUCAAGAAGGUCUGGUGGUGCCCGGGUGUUGUAAGCCUCCAGGAACUGUCCACCUCAUCAUGUCAAGCGAAUGUGUGAAUGUGGUUAAACUUUUACCUGGAGCAGUAUUUCCUUUGACUGUAAAUGUGAACGUGAAAUAAAAUAGCAAAAGAAGAUUUGGUCUGAACCUCUUAUCAGUUGGAAUAUUGGGGAAAUGAAAUGAAUCAUGGAUCAGUAACCACAGCACGGCAAUAUGUAUGUCCAAUAAUCCAGGGACACCUGUUUAAUAGUUUACGAUCUAUCUGUCCAUCUCUCCACAGAUUGCCUCUCUGGCUGGACUAGGAGGAAGGGUGGAGGUGGAGCAGAACCUCCUCAACCACAAACUGAAGACUGUGACUGCUUACUUUGGCAGCUUGAUCAACUCAGACACUGAGCCACUCUAAAUGAACUUUCUCUACUGAAUAAGGGUUUUUUUCACUUUCUACGACAGACUGCAUCAUCCAGAUCAUAUCAUUUACAGCUAUUCAGCACAGUCCUAUAAUAAUGAUGACAUUGUUAUACAUUUACUGUUUUCAGUUUUCAGUCAUUUGUGAUGCCAGUAUAUAGUUUAAAGUGAUCUGAUGAUCACAGGCUAUAGUUUUUAACCCCUAUAUGUUUUUUUAGUUACUGCAGGUGGUUUUAUAAUCCUCUCAGAUUUACCACUGAGUGUUUUAUGUUGUUUUAAUGGCAAAUAAACGUUUUCCA